CGAAGACGGACGACGGCCGCAAAAAGCCAAAAUGGCGGAGCUUGGCAAAAACGAGAGACGCGUCCUGCUGUGUGUGUCCAGCGAAAAUUGAGUGAAAUACGUGCUUGUUCUGUGCGAAAGUGGGCCGGAAGUGCAUCCCAGUGGUAGCGUAUCUCGAAAACGAUCGAUUCGUGGUGAAAUUUGCCUUCUGAUAGAGUAGAAAGCCGUUAAAAGUGCGCUCGGAACCCGAUAGGAAGGCAAAAGUAGUAGCAGCAGAAAAAAAGAAGAGUGCAUCGCGCAGUGUGUGCUAUGCUGUGUGGUGUUAGUGGACCGCUGCGGGUGUUGGUAGAGUAGAGUAGCUAGCAGAAAAAAAGGAAAUUGGCAACGGGCUGAAGCGCGGAAAGAGCUUUGUGUGUUUUUCCUCGACGGGACGCAUCUUGCUGCUACUGAUGGGAGGAAGUGCGUUUCGGGUCCAGUUUCGUGACGGUUGUUCCGGUUGCUCGCUAAAGGAACUCUAGCGUGCGUAUUUCCCUUUGCAGCUUUCGUCAGCUUGUUCGUUGGGAAUCAAGUGUUGGCACUAACAGCUUCGACGUACCAGCCGUAUCAGCAUUGGGCAAUGCCUACGCUCUGUUGGUUAUCCCACAUCACCGUACAUGAGAACAGUUAUAAUAGGGAAACGUUUGCCUACACCUCGAUGAGCACUGGCCGAAACAGCGAAGAAAAGAAACGAGAAGAAAGUGAGGCUACAGCAAACACGUAAAGAGUGAGAGUGCGAAUUAAUCAUAAUUAGCGCGCAGGCGGUGAAGAAACCCGAAUAAUAGCAAAUUUUUGAAUCAUUGCCUGACGCAAAAUAGAUCGAUGUAGAAAUCAAAACGUCAAAAUAUUUUCAUCCAUAAAAAUAAGAAAAAAAUUCAUCGGUGAGUGAGGGAGGCAGAAGAAAAACAAAACCACACAAACAAACAGAAGAAGCAUUUUCGCCCCCAUCCGAGUGCAUGUGUGUAUGCGUUCGUUCUGUAUUAGUAGUGUUUGUGCGAAGGGAGGAAAAGUUUAGUAUAUUUUUUUGCUAUCGUUCGGAACCCGUGAGUGUGAGCUCUAAGUAGACAGCGAACACUGAACCAUCAGGAGCCGAAAGAAAAGUGGGUGAAAGAAGGUAAUAAACGGCACAUCUGAGGGAGUUGGGUGAGUGGAAAACAACCCCACGGCCACUAUGACAACAAACAUGUAUCGGGUCGGAGACUAUGUCUACGUGGAAACAUCGUCGACAUCCCCUUACCAGAUUCGUCGGAUCGACGAACUCAACAAAACACCCAACGGUAACGUAGAAGCCAAAGUGAUGUGCUUCUACCGACGGCGAGAUCUGCCCACACCGCUCGUGCAAUUAGCUGAUAAGCAUCAAAUGGCCACGUCCGAAGACUCCCCCGUAGCAAUGAAGCUGAAAAAGAUGUGGCUGAAAACACCGGUCGGUGAGGAACAAGCCGCCCAAGCCGUACUAGAUCCUGCCCUAGUUGCUCUCGAAGAGGAACGAAACAGCCCCAACUGUACUGGCAGCGGGAACGACCGAGUGGAGCAGCUUAAUCCGAAACAGCGACAUCAGAUGAAGCAUCGCGAGUUGUUCCUGUCCCGUCAAGUGGAAACCCUACCUGCCACCCAUAUCCGGGGCAAAUGCUCGGUGACGCUGCUCAACGAAGAGGAAUCGUUGCUAAGCUAUCUGAACAAAGACGAUACCUUCUUCUACUGCCUGGUGUUCGAUCCGACGCAAAAGACUCUGCUGGCAGAUAAGGGCGAAAUUCGUGUCGGGAACCGGUAUCAGACGGAGCUGCAAUCGUUGCUCAAGGAUGGGGAAAAAUAUGAACGGAAUCUCGAAGAUAUGGAAACGUUAGUAUGGACCCCUAGUCAUACGCUCACCGACAAAAAGAUCGACCAGUUCUUGGUGGUGUCCCGCUCCGUUGGUACCUUUGCUCGAGCGCUCGAUUGUACCAGUUCGGUAAAGCAACCGUCCCUGCACAUGUCGGCUGCGGCCGCUAGUCGUGAUAUUACUUUGUUUCAUGCGAUGAACACUCUUCAUAAGCACAAUUAUUCGAUAGAGAAUGCCAUGUGUUCGUUAGUGCCCUCUAGUGGGCCGGUGCUAUGCCGAGAUGAAAUGGAAGAGUGGAGUGCUUCCGAAGCUAAUCUCUUUGAGGAUGCUCUGGAAAAGUACGGCAAAGACUUCAACGACAUACGAAACGACUUUCUGCCGUGGAAGACACUCAAAAGUAUAGUGGAGUACUAUUACAUGUGGAAAACGACGGACCGAUACGUACAACAAAAGCGUGUGAAAGCGGUAGAGGCUGAAUCGAAGCUUAAACAGGUCUACAUUCCCAACUACACCAAACCCAGUCCGGCGCUUAUAACGAACAACAACAAGAACAUUCUGAACGGUAACUCGAACGGAAGUGGCGGUGUUGAGGUGCUAACGAUCAGCGGAGGAAAGCCGUGUGAGUCUUGCUCGACGCUAGCUUCGCAACAGUGGUACACGUGGGGCCCAUCACAUCUAAGUUGUCGUUUGUGUCAAACCUGUUGGACCUAUUGGAAGCGUUACGGAGGCCUUAAAGUAGCAUCGCGGCUAGCGGAUAGUGGUGAUAUCGACACGACGGCAGCACCGGUAGUAGCGGCUGUCCCGGGGGCGGUGUUACUGAAAAAGCAACGAGGCGACAUCACGUGUGGAACCGGCAGCGCGGGAAGUGAUCUCGAUGACGAUCUGACGAUUGUGGCCAGUAGUGGGCCUAUCGGUAGUCUAGGGACCGGUGGGCUAAGUAAUCAUAGGCCGCACAGCCCAUCCUUUAAGUGUUCCAUUGUCAAUUGUGGCAAAGAGUUCAAACUGAAGGCUCACCUAGCACGACACUACGCGCAAGCACACGGAAUUCAGAUCCGGUCAGGAUCGCCACGACCUAUCAUGAAGACGCGCACAGCCUUCUAUCUACACACCACUAUGACGACUCGGAUAUCGAGGAGGUUAUGUAGGCAAAUCAUACGCUCGAAGAAGGCCGCCCGGCAGCCUUCAUACUCGAUCAAUAUUGCAAUUGUGAAACAAGAGUUUGCCAUGGCCGAAGCUGGCAAAAGUAUAUCGGACCUGCGUAAAUUUUUAGUCUACAAAAAACGAGACCGAGGCAGUGUGACACAUAUUGCCAACCGGCUCGGUAAUCCCGGUGCCACCGUCGGCGAUUGGUUAAUAUUGACACCGAAGGAUAAAAUGCCAAAGCCGGAGGUGGUAGCCUUCCCCAAACCGCCUAAAGCACCCGACGGAAGUUUGUUGUACGAGCGGAUACCAAAUAAACCCGAGGCUGAGAAAAUUCCCCUAAACCCCGUGACGGUUCCCACUUCGUGCAGUACCGCUGCAGUGGGUCUUCCAGGCGUCACUGUGAAUGCGAUUGGAGGAUCUGCAGCGGUUACGGUGGCACCAACAACUGCUGCAUCUGUCGUGCCACCCGCGAUGCCAACGUUGGGCAGUACGGCUGGCGUAACGCCUGGACGUAUCACCCCAAACGUUAGUACUACAAUUUUACCCGUUGGGAGUAAUGCCAACAACCCACCUGCAUCACUGAAACGGCGGAACUACGAAGAAGCCAACGGAAUUGAUGGCCCGGUUGCACCUCCCACAAAAAGGCCCAACAAGGAUCCUAUGCCGUCACACCGACCAACGCCCGAGCAAUAUGCAGCUAUGAUGGCCGCAGCGCAGGCAGCUGGACAACCUCUACCGAGGCAUCAUAUGAAUGGUAAACCAAAAAUUGCCCAAAUGACGCGGACCGGUUCCGGCCGGAAGCAGGUCAUUAGCUGGAUGGAUGCACCCGAUGAUGUCUACUAUCGAUCAACCGAAGCCAGCAGGAGGACACGGCGAAAGAUCCCCAUCACCGAGCUGCGGCGAUCCGCCCGGAAACCCUGGCGAACCUUGCACCCAAAGUACGCCGCAAUCAUCGCCACCCUGCUACCACCGGUUGCUACCGUAUCGGUUGCCGCGGCAGCAGCCGCCGCCGCGGCUGCCGCUGCUGCAGCGGCUGCCACCGGUAUUCCGCAGCAACCACUAACGGUUCCGUCUCAGCUAACGGCACAACUGAACGCCACCGGUGGUCAACUUCCUCACAGUGCCGCUGCGACAAACCUUAAUCUCAAUCUAAACACUAGCAUUGCCGCAGCUGCUACACUGGCCAAUGUUCAUCCGCUGGCGGUUCAACUGGCCACUAGCAACAGUACCAACAAUAGCAUCAGCAACAUCAACAACGGCACCACCAACAACAAUAGCAGUAGUAGCAAUAAAGCAAACAGCGAUCUACAGGUUGUAAUUCUAGACUGACCCGAACCUCCGAAACAAUUGCAACAGAAUCAACAACAACAGCAUGCACAUACGACGCCGACGCCGUCACAACAACAGCUGCCGCCGCCACCACAUCCAUAUACGAUGGAAGCACUGCUCAAUUAACUCGUAAACUAAACAAAAAAUAAAACACACACAAACAGUAAAACAAGCUCUGAUAAUGAAAGAAAAAGAAAUCGUUUUCGUUUUUUCUUUUCGAUUUUAUCUUAAUUUUAGGACGCGAGGAUGUUUAGAAUGGCGCCUCAAAAAACUAUUUAAAUAAUACAAUGUAAACUAUUGAUGCUCUGUGAGACAAAAAGUAGUAGCGAAUAGAAAGGGAAGAUAGUACUAAUAGCGUGGCGGUGGGAAAUUCUGGAGAAUUUUUACGCCCGCGACCCGAGAGUGAAGAAACGAAAAAAGCGGUAUUUCUGCAUGCGCGCAUGAGUGGAAGAGAAAUGCCUGAAUCCACGAAGGGCAGCAGGAGAUGUGUGAGUUUAAGUAUAUUUUUUUGUAAAAAGUAAAAUACAUCGCUCCCUCUUAAUUAAGAGUAAAUUCUUAAAAUAAAGUAACAAAAAUGAAUGCAUUAAAAUUCAGCAAAAAAGAAUCGCGACGAAAGCAAAUGAUAAUAAGCUAAAACUCAAUUUAUUACAGACAAAAAAGUUUAGAAGAAUACAGCAAAAAGAAAAAGCAAAGGAUUCGAACUGCUGCCGCGAGAAGGAAUAUCAUUAAUUUUUUUCCAACUUUGAUGAAACCUCUCUCAAAAAUAUACAAGUAACAGUUGAAAUGCAACCAACAA